UCUUGGGAUAUCUACUUUCGCAGUGUUAACAAUGGUGCCGCUGUGGGUUCUGCGUACUCCCCUCCUCCCACCCUGGGAGUCGACAGUAGUUUUGGUCUAGAUCUGAUGCAUCUGAUCCAAGCAGCCACCGCUGCGGGCCCUGCAACUGCCGCAGUCCCAGGCGCGAAGUUGAUCGAAGAGCAUCUGGCGGUUCAGACAAUCAUUCGUUCUUAUCAGGUGCGUGGACACCUCGUAGCCCGAUUAGAUCCGCUGGAGAUUGUAGACAAGUCCAACAAUCUUCGUGAGAUCGUGUACGGUCGCUACCUCGGCGAAGCCGCUAUGCUUAUACCUACAUCUCACCACCUCUCUUUUAUCACAGGUAUUCCUGACAUGAACAAGGUGUUCCGCUUGCCUCGUACAACAUACAUUGGUGGCGACCAGACCGAACUUCCUCUCCGCGAAAUUAUCAACCGCCUCGAGAAUGCCUACUGCAAGUCCAUCGGCGUGGAAUACAUGUUUAUCAACAGCCUGAACAAGUGCGAUUGGCUUCGCAAGCGAUUCGAAACUCCGGGUGUUGUGAAUUUGACAAAGGAGGAAAAGCGGCUACUUCUGCAGCGUCUCAUUCGCUCCAGCAAGUUCGAGGAGUAUCUGGCUAAGAAAUGGAGUUCUGAGAAGCGAUUCGGUCUGGAGGGCUGCGAUGUCCUCAUUCCAGCCAUGAAGACGGUCGUCGAUGUGUCAGCCGGGCUGGGCGUAGACAGUUUCAUCAUUGGAAUGCCUCAUCGUGGUCGUUUGAACGUGCUGGCCAACGUCUGCCGCAAGCCCCUCUCUGAGAUAUUCUGUCAGUUUGAUCCCAGUCUCGAGGCCGCCGAUGAAGGCAGUGGCGACGUGAAGUACCACUUGGGCAUGAGCAAUCGACGCCUCAACCAUGCCACUGGUAAGGAGAUUAACCUCGCCAUCUGUGCGAAUCCCAGCCACUUGGAGGCGGUCGAUCCAGUCUGUCAAGGCAAGACCAAGGCAGAACAGUUCUACCGGUAA